CAAUAAGGCAAUAGACUUGCGCGCCCGGCCGGAGAUCUUUUAGCCGUGCCGACAGAAACAGCAUCUCCGGCCGGCAGCGCACCACCGUACCCAACGCCAUGGCCGCCCCGAUACUCGGCUUCCUCUCAGCGCUACUCCUGCUUCUCCUCCCGGCUCCCCUCCGAGACCACUUCUCGUCAGUCCACCGGCAGACGGCCGGCGGCGGCACGGCCGGCGGCCUCCACCCGAUCGUCCUGGUCCCCGGCGUGACCUGCCCCGACCUGGAGGCUCGGCUCACCGAGGCCUACGAGCCCUCAACGCCACGCUGCGGCCGGAUGAGAGGGAAGGGGUGGUUCGGGCUGUGGACGAACCGCACCUGGGCACUGGACGCCGAGACCGCUGCGUGCUUGGAGGAGCAGAUGCGCCUCGUCUACGACCCCGCCCUCGGGGACUUCCGGAACCUGCCCGGCGUGGCCACGCGCGUCCCCAACUUCGGCUCCGCUCGCGGGUUCAGCUCCAAGUACGCACCACACCCGGAAUAUUGCUUUGGAGCACUGAGGUCUACCCUAGAGAGAUUCGGGUACCGCGACGGAGAGACCCUCUUCGGGGCUCCCUAUGACUUCCGGUACGCCCCUCCGGUCCCCGGCCAGACAUCUCGAGUUUACUCCCGGUACUUUAGCCGGGUAACGAGGCUCAUCGAGGACGCUACCAAGAAGAAUCAAAGCAGGGCCGCCAUCGUCUUCGGACACAGCUACGGGGCCAUGGUUGCCCUCGAGUUCGUCAGGAACUCCCCGUCGCCGUGGCGGAACAAGUUCAUCAAGCACCUCUUUAUGGUAGCACCGACAUGGUCGGGAGGCUACGUUCGCGCGAUAAGAAGCGUUGUCUCGGGGCCGCCGGCAGACAUGGUUUACGUUCCGUCCGCCUCUGCUGUGUCGGUGCGGUCGAUGUGGAGGACCUUCGAGACUGCCAUCGUGAACCUACCAUGCCCAGCGGUCUUUGGGCGCAGGCCACUCGUGGUGACCAGGAGCAAGAAUUACUCGGCGUAUGAUAUCGCCGAUCUGCUUCUUGCCAUCAGUUGCGCCAACGGCGACAAGCCAUUCAGAGAGCGUGAGCUCGCAAAGAUGGGCUACUUCAAGGCGCCCAUGGUUCCAAUGACUCAUAUGUAUGGAGUGGGUGUCCCAACGGAGGAGCAACUGGUGUACUGGGAAGGUGACUUCGACAUGCCGCCUGAAAUGGUGUACGGCGAUGGUGACGGCACCAUCAACGUGAUUGCCAUGUUGGCGUUCCAGGAGAAGGUGGGGAAACAGCCGGGACAAAAGGAGCUCUUCAAGUCCAUCAGAGUUGCUAAGGUUCCGCACUCUGAAUUAAUUAUCAAUCAACGGGCUGUCAAGAAGAUAAUGAAUGAGAUCGUAGAGUUAAAUCGCUUGGUUGAAAUGCAUUUCUCUUAUUAAUAUUUCUACAAAAUUCAAUAUAAUAUUCAAUCUUUCUUUUUGGAAAA